CACAUAUGCACGUUACGCAGAUGCACUCAAUUGAAUGAUCAGCUGAUGUGUGCAACAACUUCUAUUCGAUGAAUAAACGUGUUUAAGGAGAACCAUCAAGUGUCACGGAUACUGGAUCAUGGGACGAUUGAUAUACGCCGAGGAAGGCAUCCUCAAUUAUUUGAUCAGUCUGUCAGAUCUGGACACAUACACUGUUGGCCUCAUCCUGGGACAGAGCACUGACAAACAAGAUUAUGUUGUUCAUCUGGCGAGAACUCCACCACCAGCUCCAAAAGACGUCAUCGAGGAGACCCUCAUUGGUUCAACAACGAAUGUUCAACAGGAGUCCCCCAUUAGGUCUAUAAAAUCAGUGAAAGAUGUGCCAAGUAGUUGGGUGGCAGAUCAUGCCAUACACGUUACGAGAAUGUUACCAGGCGGGAUGUGGGUCCUGGGAAUAUUUGUGGUUGCGCCCAAUGACUGUUUCAGUGACAACGAUUCUACACAACGACUGAAGUUCAUUAUUUCUUCUCUCCACAAAAAUUUUCAGUCCAAUUCAUAUUUAUAUGGGCAUAAUCCCCGGGAGAGCCUCAUUCUUGCAUUUAACAGUUCAACUCACAGAUUUGUUUGCAAGUCGUUCGAUGUUAAAUCGAAUAGCUCAUUGAAAAGUGCAGAUUGGAAAUUUGAGGCAAAAAUCACAAAAUGGUACCAGCUGGAGACCAGACUAGACUUUGACCAGACAUUCCCUAUUGCUGAUGGGCAAGAAUCGGAAACCUUGAAACAGCAGCUGCAAAAAAUUCUCAAGGAUGUGGCUGGUGUCGUGAAUUCUUCGCUUGUUAUAAUCGAAGGUGACAGGAGACUCCCCGACGAAUUAAUUCAAAUUAUUGGGAAUCAGAAGAAAAAGGAGAGGAAAGAAUCCAAGAGCAACGAAUCCGAUGCCAGUGAUAAAUCACUUCAGGCUGCUAUUUAUGUUCCAUGUUCGAAGAAAUCCGAUAGGGAAAUCAGAGAAGUGAAUUGCGCUGCCUCGAUACGAUUGGUCGGGCAAAUUGGCAGCCAAACUUUCGUUCAUCAAAAGUCAACAGUCGCUGAAGCAACGGAUGCUAUCAAACAAGAUAUUAUGCGGUCAUUGGCGAGCCGGUUGGAAAUGCAUUGGGAUAGUUUGUUGGAAGAAGACAAUGAAUUGCCUGAAGAUAACGUUACUCUCCAUGAACCUCCUAGAAGAGUUCUUGUCGCCCUCCCUCAGAGUCGUAUAACAUUAUCAGACUACUUGUUUCCUGGCGAAGGUCCCCAAGAGGCUCUCCUAUCUCUUCAAGAGCUUCUCGACCUCCAAGUUCAAGAGAGCAGUGUCCAAAAAGAGUUGGAGUUGCAAAUUGAUCCUUCCGAAUUCUACUGUCAAAAUGAGAUGAAAACCGAGCCGACUGAGCAUGGAAAAUUUGUUAACAACAAACAGUUUAUGGUGUACGCCUCUGGCCUAGCAGCUACGACACUGUUCCUCAUAGCUGCGAUUAUUAUCCAUUGUCUUUACUAAUUUUGAUUCAGGAAUACCCACGAGACUAUGUUUAUCGGCUAUUGAUGAAUUUUUUUAUAAGAGAAUAUUACUAAUGAAAAAUAAAACCACUUCUGAAGGAAA